AUUUUGGUACCAAAUUGCGCGGGAAAAAGAAAGGGAUUUUGCCGCUAAACCAAAACUCAGGCUAAUAAAAACCCAAUCUUCACUCCUAAAUGUAGAGAGAGAAGGGAAAAGAUGGAGAUUCGAGUGAGGUGUAACUGUGGCGAAGGAAGCUGCGAGGAAUGGGGCGUCAUAGAACUUCAAGGAGUGGUGGAGCCACACCCAGGAUUCCACGAUUCCCUCCCAAAUCUUCACAUCGCCACUCUCUGUCGUCCUUCUUCUCAGGAAGUCUACACCUUCACUAUUGGAUACCACGAACUGACAGGGUCAAAGGUUCCCUUGAAGAAGCCAAUGGUGGUGCUCAAGAAAGUAAAGCAUCGUGAUGGAGAAAGUGAUUGUAAGGUGGAGCUGCAAGUUGUUGGAAUCAUUAGACAUAAGAUUCUGUUCAAGAACAGACCAAAGGCCCUUAUUUCAAAGCCACAGAUAACAUCCAGGGAAAGACAAAAGCCUAUCAUGUUGGGCUCUACCCCUUCAAAUCAAGCUGCUUAAGACUCAUUGUCACUGUCAUUUAGUGAAAUCAUGUUGGACCAGAAAACUGGAGAAAUUGGAGGCACACUUAUCAUCCCCUUUUUAUACGUUGCAAACCCAAAUCAGCCAAAGUUAUUGACCCAUAUUUGUAAUCUUAGCAACCACAUGUUGUAUAGAGCACCAAUAAUGGCCAAAGUGACUGUGAUUUAUCAUAACGAGGUGUUUGAUGCGUCAUUAUCUUAA